CUAUUAACCCAUGAGUUGCUUUCAGAUCGUCGCUUGCUGCUUGGGUUUACUCCCACCAACGUCUCGACUAAUAUGUACCAACAGCGCCCAGCUCUCAUCUUCUGAAGCUAGUGAGCUAAAGCUGACAACAAUGAAGAAGCAAAGCGUGGACGAGCAGCCCCUGCUUGCGCUUGGUCCACCGGAGAGGAGGGAGCAUGCGGCGGCGUUGGAGGAGGCGAAGCGACUGCUGCGGCUGGCCGGGCCGCUGGCGGCUGGCGGCAUCCUCCGGUCGUCGCUGCAGCUCGUGUCCGUGAUGUUCGUUGGCCACCUCGGCGAGCUUCCCCUCGCCGGGGCCUCGCUGGCCACCUCCCUGGCCAACGUCACCGGCUUCAGCUUGCUGGUGGGCAUGUCGAGCGCCCUGGACACGCUGUGCGGGCAGGCGUUCGGCGCGCGGCAGUACCAUCUCCUCGGUCUCUACAAGCAACGGGCGAUGCUGGUGCUGGCGCUCGCCUGUGUCCCCAUCGCCGUCGUCUGGGCCAACACCGCCCGGAUCCUUGUGCUCCUCGGCCAGGACGGGGCAAUCGCUGCCGAGGCCGGCGCCUACGCGCGGUGGCUCCUCCCGGCCCUCGUCCCGUACGUCCCUCUCGUGUGUCAGAUCCGGUUCUUGCAGACGCAGAGCAUCGUCGUGCCGGUCAUGGUCAGCUCGGGCGUCACGUCGCUGAACCACAUCCUCGUGUGCUGGGUGCUGGUGCACAAGGUGGGCCUGGGGAGCAAAGGCGCGGCGCUGGCCAGCGCCGUCUCCUACUCCACAAACCUGGCCAUACUGUGCCUGUACACGAGGCUGUCCGGUGCCUGCAGGAGCACGUGGACUGGGUUCUCCAUGGAGGCCUUCGCCUUCAAGGAGCUGCGCCAGUUCGCGGAGCUCGCCGUCCCCUCGGCAAUGAUGGUUUGCUUGGAAUGGUGGUCGUUUGAACUGCUUGUGCUGCUGUCUGGCCUUUUGCCCAAUCCUAAGCUUGAAACCUCUGUAUUGUCGAUAUGUCUUAACACCGGCGCUCUCAUGUUCACGGUGCCAUCCGGUCUCUGCGCAGCCAUAAGCACACGCGUUUCCAAUGAACUUGGUGCCGGUAGGCCUCAGGUAGCGAGGCUGGCAACCAUAGUUGUCAUAUGCAUGGCCCUGUUUGCAGGCUCAGUGAUCUCCAUCACAAUGAUUUUGCUACGCAAAUCUUGGGGUUACAUGUACAGCAACGAGGAGGAAGUCGUGACUUAUAUUGCCAGGAUGAUACCUGUCCUCGGGGUUUCUUUCUUCAUAGAUGGAAUCCACACUUCCCUUUCAGGUGUGCUAUAUGGAUGUGGUGAGCAGAAGAUCGGCGCACGUGUCAAUCUCGCCGCGUUCUACCUGGCAGGCAUCCCCUUGGCCGUGUUGCUUGCAUUCGUUCUGCAUUUGAACGGGAUGGGGCUUUGGCUUGGCAUCGUUUGCGGCAGCCUCACCAAGCUUGUGUUGCUCGUGUGGAUCGUACUUUCUAUAAACUGGGAGAACGAGUCAAAUAAGGCAAAAGACAUGGUGUUAGGAACUUCUCUUCCCGUUGCAUGAAGAACCUUUGGGCGGACCUGAAACUGAAUAGUAUAGUUAUACAUGUAGCUAGGCCAUUUUGCCAUUCUGAAAAAAUUACACGCACAUAUAGGGAUGUAUAGUACUCAUCUCUAAAUUCUCACGACGAAAUACAUAUGUGUCAACACGUAUUUCAUCAUAACAAAUUUAUGAGAUGAAGUAUACAUCAUUAUAUAUAUGCGUAUUUUUUUCAGGCUUUUUUUUAACUUUAAAAGUUGGAUUGUAAUUUUCAAACUUUCAAGUUCUAUCAAGCUCGGGAUAAAAAAAAUCAUUCUCAUCGUUUAUU